AUGAAUCGAGGUUGGUUGUAUGGUACAAAGGCUGGAAAUUUGGAUUUUGUCAAUGGUGUGGACUCGUUUGUGCAGACUGCCAAGGCACACAAGAAUCUACAAGAUGAUGGCUACGUGUAUUGCCCAUGCAUUGAUUGCAAAAAUCAGAAGCAGUUUGGCAAUGUUGAGCAGAUCCGCUUUCAUCUAUUAUUUAGAGGUUUUAUGCCCAACUACCAAGUUUGGAACAAGCACGGUGAGGUUGGUGAGACAAUGCACUCCGUCCAUGAGGACAGGCAUGAAACAGUGGAGGAAACAACUAACCCGGAAAUAGUAGAGGAAACCGGACAUGAAAGCGUAAAUGAAACCAUGCAGGAAACAUUAGUUGCUGAUGAUGUUGUGGAUGCACUAGACCAGAUGAUACGUGAUGCGGAACCAGACUUUCUUGACAAAAAGAAUCUGAAGAAGUUGGAGCAGAGGAGGAUAGAUGCAAGAACACCACUUUACCCAAGUUGCAGCGUGUCUAAACUUGAAGCAAACCUGAUGCUAUUGGAGAUGAAGUCUAGUAAUGGUUUGUCAGACAAGGGAUUUGAUGAUUUGUUAAGCUUAUUGCAGAAGUUGCUGCCAAGCCCUAACGGGUUGCCUGAAAACACAUACCAGGCGAAGCAAAUGAUUUGCCCAAUGGGACUGGAGGUACAAAAGAUCCAUGCAUGCCCUAAGGAUUGCAUCUUGUAUCACGGCAAAUAUGAAGACUUGGAUGCAUGUCCAGUGUGCUCAGCUUCACGGUACAAAUGUCCUGAAUCAGCAUUGUCAAUGAAAGGUGACCGCAACAAACGACCACCUGCCAAGGUCGUCUGGUAUUUUCCUAUCAUUCCUCGUUUGAAACGGUUAUUUGCAAACGCGAAGACUGCCAAGCUGAUGAGGUGGCAUGCCGAAGAUCGGCUCGUUGAUGGGAAUCUCAGACACCAUGCAGAUGGUUCACAGUGGAGAGCUAUCAACUACAAAUACAAGAAUCGCGGACCUACAUCAUGA